ACUGUGGCCAAGUGUGGGGACCAGACAGGACUCGUGGAGACAUCCAGUUGCUGAAGCCUUCAGCUACUGUCUCAGUUUUUUGGUAAGAAAACCUAGAUCCACCUGAUGACUUGUGCUUAGCCUGUUUUGCUCAUUAUAGAAGUUUAGCAAUGGCGUCUUUCUCUGCUGAGACCAAUUCAACUGACCUUCUCUCACAGCCAUGGAAUAAGCCCCCAGUAAUUCUCUCCAUGGUCAUUCUCAGCCUUACUUUUUUACUGGGAUUGCCAGGCAAUGGGCUGGUGCUGUGGGUGGCUGGCCUGAAGAUGCAGCGGACAGUGAACACAGUUUGGUUCCUCCACCUCACCUUGGCGGACCUUCUCUGCUGCCUCUCCUUGCCCUUCUCGCUGGCUCACUUGGCUCUCCAGGGACAGUGGCCAUAUGGCAGGUUCCUAUGCAAGCUCAUCCCCUCCAUCAUUGUCCUCAACAUGUUUGCCAGUGUCUUCCUGCUUACUGCCAUUAGCCUGGACCGCUGUCUUGUGGUAUUCAAGCCAAUCUGGUGUCAGAAUCAUCGCAAUGUAGGGACAGCCUGCUCUAUCUGUGGAUGUAUCUGGGUGUUGGCUUUUGUGAUGUGCAUACCCAUGUUCGUGUACCGGGAAAUCUUCACUACAGACAACCAUGAUAGAUGUGGCUACAAAUUUGGUCUCUCCAGCUCAUUAGAUUAUCCAGACUUUUAUGGAGAUCCACUAGAAAACAGGUCUCUUGAAAACAUUGUUCAGCUGCCUGGAGAAAUGAAUGAUAGGUUAGAUCCUUCCUCUUUCCAAACAAAUGAUCAUCCUUGGACAGUCCCCACUGUCUUCCAACCUAAAACAUUUCAAAGACCUUCUGCAGAUUCACUCCCUAGGGAUUCUGCUAGGUUAACAAGUCAAAAUCUGUAUUCUAAUGUAUUUAAACCUGCUGAUGUGGUCUCACCUAAAAUCCCCAGUGAGUUUUCUAUUGAAGAUCAUGAAACUAGCCCACUGGAUAACUCUGAUGCUUUUCUCUCUACUCAUUUAAAGCUGUUCCCUAGCACUUCUAGCAAUUCCUUCUACGAGUCUGAGCUACCACAAGAUUUCCAGGAUUAUUACGAUUUAGGCCAAUUCACAGAUGACAAUCAAGUGCCAACACCCCUCGUGGCAAUAACGAUCACUAGGCUAGUGGUGGGUUUCCUGCUGCCCUCUGUUAUCAUGAUAGCCUGUUAUAGCUUCAUUGUCUUCCGAAUGCAAAGGGGCCGCUUCGCCAAGUCUCAGAGCAAAACCUUUCGAGUGGCCGUGGUGGUGGUGGCUGUCUUUCUUGUCUGCUGGACUCCAUACCACAUUUUUGGAGUCCUGUCAUUGCUUAUUGACCCAGAAACUCCCUUGGGGAAAACUCUGAUGUCCUGGGAUCAUGUAUCCACUGCUCUAGCAUCUGCCAAUAGUUGCUUUAAUCCCUUCCUUUAUGCCCUCUUGGGGAAAGAUUUUAGGAAGAAAGCAAGGCAGUCCAUUCAAGGCAUUCUGGAGGCAGCCUUCAGUGAGGAGCUCACACAUUCUACCCACUGUUCCUCAAACAAUGUCUUUUCAGAAAGAAAUAGUACAACUGUGUGAAAAUGUGGAGCAGCCAACAAGCAGGGGUGCUUAGGCAAUCACAUAGUGAAAGUUUCUAAGAGGAUGAAGUGAUAUGGUGAGUGGCAGACUUCAAAAACUGUCAAAGAAUCAAUCCGGUGGUUCUCAAAGGGUACACAGACUAUUGGCGUCAGCAUCACCUAGAAACUUGUUAGAAAUGCAGAUUCUCAAGCCGCAUCCCAGACUUGCUGAAUUGGAAUCUCUGGGGGUUGGGACCCAGCAAGGGCACUUAACAAACCCUCUUUUCUGAUUAAUGCCAAAUGUAAGAAUAAUUGUAAAAAUUAGUUCUCUUUCUAUCUCAAACUAAGCUAUGUGAAAUAAGAGAAUCUACUCUGUUUUUAAAUGUUUGAUGUUAAAUAUUUGUCGAUGUUUCCAUCAUUAAAUUUUUCCUUAGCAUUGUCUAAGUCUUCCAGAUUCCAUUUAAAACCAUUUCUUAUUCUCCUACGUGAGUGAAAGAUGAUCAUAUAUUCUACUGCUUUGUUGUCGUGUGGUGUUGAUGGUUUUAAAUUAAAAGAAAGUGCAAAAAGAAAAUGCCUGUGAAGACAAGAAGCCAUGAGACUGAGUCUGGAGCAUAGUGUUAUGCAAUGAUGCCUGUCCCUGGGAACACCCCUGGGUAUAGGACAUAGAAAUUUCCACUAUUACAUAGAGUUUCCACUAUUACAACUAAAUAAGCAUCUAUUGCGUGAAAACAGACUAACACAUCUAAAAACUGACUCAUGAAAUGUUGUGAAAGCUGUGGUUUGGGGCGUUCUGUUUAUUGUAACUGCCUACCGGUUGGGCACCUAUUUUCCACUCCUCUUCUUAAGCUCCUUAAUUUCCUUAUUACUGCCCAGCCUCCAAAUCUUCCACAUCAGACUUUGUGCCUCAAACAACCUCUAAUUUCAUAAGAUUCUAGUUACUCCUUUCCUCUUGCUCCAAAUGAAUACUUUCUAAGAAAGUAUUUCAAGUGGAAGGAGAAAGAGGGUGGAGGAUGGAGCAGCACUUCUACUCUCUGCAACUGACUACCCUACCAGGCUUGCCAUCACAUUUUAAAACAUGACGACAGGCAACUUUCAUGCCAAAAUUACCAAAUAUAUCUUCUGGGUUUUUUAAAUCCUUUUCUUUGCCAAAGUAAUACAUGCACAUAGUUUUUAAAGAAUUUAAGAAGGUAUAUAAUGAAAUACGAGGUCUCCUACUUCACUGUGCCCAGAAGUUCCCUCCUCCCGCUCUCAUUUCCCAGAGAUAACCCUUGCACAAUUUUAGAUGUUUCCUUUGAUAAUUAUCAUGAUGUUUCUAAAUCAUGUGCUUAUGCUGCUCUUUUCUGGAGACAUAAAAUGACUUCUUGUUUUGAAAGAUAAAGAUGUUUAUCCAAGCACCCCAUAUUUUUGUUUAUCCAGCAUCCCAACAUUCAUUAAUAACCAUAUUUUAAUUCAUUCAUGACCACAUAUUUUUCUUCUACUUUGUCUAUACACUCCAACCAUUUAUAUAGCUUUCCUUCUGUCCCUCUUUCAUUUAAAACAAAAUUACCUAACUCCCUACCACCUUCUCAUUUUUCUGUGUAUAUAAAUGUUUAACGUCUGAAAUUUCAGGCUUGUUUGUAUCACAACAUGGCCUCAUCUAAACCAAAUACAAUGAUGUGGGUCUAAAAACAGAAAAUGAGAUGUGUUUUAGACUUGCAAGACAUUAUCUGUUCAAUGGUUGAGGUGAGGGUCUGGACUACAGAUUUUUUAUAAAGUAUAUGCAGAAAAAUUACAAAUCACUAGGAAUUCUUUCAGUUGUGAAGAAUGUCUGACAUAAGAUAUGAAGUGCUACCUUUCCAGCUUAUAUAUUAAUUUGCUUAUAUAUUUGAUAUGAAUGCUUUUUUUUCUCAUG